AUGGCGAAACGUCUAAAAUCACCUCAGGGUCUACAUGAAGAGUUACUAAUGUGCUACGAUGUUUCGAGUCAAAUACCGGCUCUGAAAGGAGCGUUACUCUCUCCGAUGGGAAUCAACAACGGCGGACGCGAGCUAUACGUGUGUAAACCGUGUUUCAACUCUUUGAUGAACAAAAAACUUCGGAGCCCGCCCAAAUUUGCGAUAGCUAAUGGCCUCUACAUCGGAUUGCUACCUGAGGAGUACAUGGAUACAAAUGCUACUGAGCACGCUAUGCUUGGACUAGCUCAAUCUACAAGAAUGCUCACAGUGGUUCGUGGCGGUAACCAUAGUGCCAUUCGCGCUCACGCGUAUUAUUUUCGGGCCGUACCUUCGACACCUGCUUCGCUCCUUCCUAGAGAGGUCAUUUCUGAUGGAACUAUCGGUGUUACAAUGAUUGGGAGUAUGACCCCGCAGCAGAAAGCUGCUACGUUCAAACAGUACAAUGUGCGCGUGCCUCGUCUGAUCAGUCUAUUGGAAUGGUAUCGCUCCAACAACUGUGUUUUCAAUGCGGUUAGAGUGAACGAUAAUAUUAUUAGAGGCGCUGACACAGCGCAAACUCAAGUUGUUCUGGACCGAUCAAACCAACCUGCCGAUGCCAGCGCUGUAACAGCAUCCGAUGGUCUGGACAGCACAUGCGUGAGAUUCAACGCCCCUGAACCAACUUUGUCUGAACGUGAGGCCUGA